AUAGCUACUAUGUCUAGCUUUUAGCUAUCUAGCUAAUUAACAUUAAAUUUAUAUUAAAGAUUUUACAUAUACCUAAAGACAUGAAAAAAUCUAAAUUUUUCCACAACUCCACACAUUUCAUAUUAGAGAGAUAUUACAGAUUUAUUUCAGGUUUUGUUUAGUGUAUCAGAUUUUCAGUGGGUCAGAAGUUUACAUACACUUUAUUAUUUGGUGGCAUUGCCUUUUAAUUGCUUGAGGUCAAUUCCUUGAGGUAGCCUUCCACAACCUUCUCACAACAGUCAGGUAUGUGGGUUGUCUUAUUCAGACACACUUUCCAGUUCAGUCCACAAAUCUUCUGUGGGAUUCAGGUCAGGGUUUGUGAUGAUCACUACAAUAUGUUCACUUUGUCUUUAAGUAAUUUUGUUACAACUUUGGUGGUUUGCUUAGGAUCAUUGUAGUGCUGGAAGAACCAAUUGCAACCAAGUUUUAGCUUUUAACUUUCUGGCUGAUGUCUUGAGGCGUUGCUUCAGUAUUUCUAGAUUUACAUUUAUGGCUUUUGGCAGAUGCCCUUAUCCAGAGCGACUUACAUUUAUCUCAUUUAUACAACUGAGUAGUUGAGGGUUAAGGACCUUGCUCAAGGGCCCAGCAGUAGCAGCUUGGUAGUGCUGGAAUUUGAACUCAUUACCUUCCAAUCAGUAGGCCAACAUCUUAAUCACUGAGCUAUCGUUGCCGCCAGAUAGUCAUUCAUCCUCAUCAUGCCAUCUGUUUUCUGAAGUACAUUGGUCCCGUUUCCAGCAGAACAUUCCCACAACAUGAUGCUGCCACCCCCAUGCUUCACAGUUGGGAUGAAAAGCCUCACCCUUUUUCCCUUUAUACAUAGCGCUGAUCAUUAAGGCCAAACAGUUAUAUUUUUGUUUCAUCAGACCUGAAUACACUCCUCCAAAGGGCUGGCUUUUUUAUGUGACAGCCUUUCAGGCCAUGGCGAUGUAGGACUCACUUAAUGGUGGAUGUACCUACUUGCCUCCAACUUCUUCAGAUCCUUUGUUGUUGUCUUGGGGGUCAUUUGAACCUUUCAGGCCAAAGUUCAUUCAUCCAUCUAAGUUAAUUUGUGCCUCCUUCCUGUAUGAUGCAGUGUCUAUGUGCUCCCAAGUUUUUUUAUAUUUGCAUGCAAUUGUUUAUACAGAUAUUCCUGGUGCCUUCAGUUGUUUGGUAAUUGCUUCUAAGUAGAAACCAGAUUUGUGGAAGUCCACAAUUUUUUUUCCACAGUUUUCUUUACUGAGAUCUUAGAUGAGUUGGUUGGAUGUUCCCAUGUCAUCAAGGGCAAAAAGGCACUGACUCUAAAUAUAGGCCCUUUUACAGCCACAGGUGCGCUCCUGUUAACUCCUAAUUAUGACUACUGGCCAAUCAGAAGCUUUUAAAAGUCAUUACAUAAAUUUCUGUAAUCUACCAAACUGUUUAAAGAGACAGACAGCUUGGUGUUCUGAUACAGUGAAUUAAAGAUGAAAUAAAUCUGUCUCUAACUGAUUGUUUUGAAAUUAGCUCUGAGGUGAACAAAGUAGAUGUGCUAAUUGACUUGCCUAAAGAACAUCAUGUAUGGUAACAUGAACUGUGUGGAGUUGUGUAGAUUUGUCUGUGUAGUCUGUGUAGAUUUUCUUACAAAUUCCCUCACCAUGCGCAAAUACAAUUUAAAUAAAUACAAUUUAAAUUACUCCACUGCAUACUGGUGCAAAAACUUAACCAGCUCAGCGGGUACAGGUUUGAUUGAGAUGUUUAGAUUUGACAUAAAGAAAUCAAUACCUGUCCACUUGGUGUGUAAAUCACAAACAUACCUGUACACACAACAACAACAAUAAUAAUAAUAUAGCACUGUCCAUUUUGACUCAAAAUCUCUAAGGUCUUUAUGUAAAAGAAUAAAAAUUAGACAAGGAACGAAUCAAUCCACAAGACUCAUGAGGAUGGACAGGAGAGUCUUGUGACUGACAGUAAUGAAGGCUGCUGAGAGGUCAAGGAGGUUGAGGACCAAUCAGAUGUUGAAACUUCUCAGUAGCAGCGAAAAGGAUCUUUUGUAUGGUAUAUGCUGUUUAAAAGCCAUCCUGGUUAUGAUCUUGAUGGUCUCUUUUGGUCAGAAAGAGAGACAACUUGUUGCAUGCAGCAUAUUCUUAGCCAAAAGAAAUAAGAACGGAGCCAGACAGAAGUCCAGUCUGUGGCAACCAUAGGUUGAACAGGGUUAUGAUAGAAAGGAUAACCAUAAUCUCAGGUGCCUCUAGUGGAUAUUUUCUCAAUAUAUCAGAGUAAGACCUACACACAACUCAGACCUUGGGGAAACCUGAACCAUUCUUGACUACACACUUGAGAGAAUUAAUUGGCAAUUUACAAACAUACACACUAAACAAUGCUGAAGUCAUCAGAGCCAAGCAGAGAGUACACUAAGACCCAGAAGUCCACCUUACCAAGCCAAGAAUAGAUACAAGAAGCCCAAUGCAUACUUUGAGCAUGCUUUGAGACUCUUUGUUGAAUAAGUAUUAUAAUUUUUUGUGUGUGAAGGCAGAAUUAUACCAUUUCAUCUGGAACGACAUUAAGCUUUAGUGGAGGCUUCAUCAACAUGGACCAACAGAAGGCUGUAACGAAAGAGGAACUUGAAGAAGACUAUCUCUGUAAGACAAAAGGGCAGAUUAGUGGGUGGACUAAAUCACACCUUUUAGUCUUUUUAGUCUUAGUUUGUGACUGGACAGCUUUCACAAUUCACACCUCUAUUUUAUGUUUUGUACUUCACAUUUUUUACUUGAUGGUAUUUAAAUUCAAAUCAAUUUUCAGGUGAAGAAACAUCAAAAUCUCAGACAGACAUCACUCCUGUGGACAAACAGGAUGAAGAUCUCCUGAAAAAGUCUAUAAAAGAAGAACACUGAAGAAUUCGACUACCUCUGUAGGUUUGGUGUCUCAGUCACACCAGGCAGAAUUGUGACAGGGUCUUUCCCAAAACGACUACUUCCCCCUCAUUUUUGUGCUUUGCUUCACAGUUUUACUUGAUGUGGUUUUAUUUAAAAUACCUGUAAUUAAAUUUUAGGUGGAGAAACAUCAAGCUCUGUGAGACAGGUCAUCAUUGUGGAUGAACACAAUGAAAUAUUCCUGAAGAAGCCUAUAAAAGAGGAAGAAUCUGAAGAUGAUGACUAUCUCUGUAAGACAACAGGGGUGAUUUGCAGCCCCAUCAUUGGUUUCACACCGCACAUAACCAAACAUACCUAAAAGGAAAAAAAAUACUUGCGGAGGUGGGAGUGGGAGGGCAUGGGCUGAAAACAUACUCGUGAAAUCUUAUUUGUUGAUCAGAGAUACAUCGAUUAAAAAAGUAAUAGUAAAUACGGAACUUAGGUUGAGAUAAGCUGAAUCGUAUCAUCAUUCUGUAGUGCUUCAACCACUUCAACUGUCUUUUGGCUGAGGUUUUUUAAGAUAGCCUUCCAAGGACAGGCAUUUCAACCCGAGCUAAAUUCACUGAUAAUGCUGGCCACCGUAUAACUCCAUUACACACUGUAGGCUCCUUGGUGUGAUCUGGCCUGCAAAAUGUUCUUACUGAUUCUGAAAUGGAUUGUCCCACAAGUACAAUACAGCUGUGCCAGUCACUGUGCGACUCCCAUCCUGUAGUAUAUUACUUUCAUCUGUAAUUCCUCCCUAAUUCCUGCCGAACUACCUUUUCAUUGUGUUCAGGCAAGCAUAUGGCUGGGUGCACAUGACCAAGCUAGGGGGAAACUAAGUUUGGUAUUCCAUAAAGGGUGUACACCUGGCAUGAGAGAGAUCCCCUGAAAAUUCUUCAACUUCUGCUCUUUGGAACAGGGAGAAAUGGUCUCUAAGUGGGGUCAGAGUCUGGUCCGAACUCAUCCCUCCCAACAACUUUCCAAUUUCUUGUCUUGAAUCAGGCUUUGGUGCAUCAAGGUGUGCAUGCAGCAUGAAUCCGCUAAGGCCAAAUAUAUACCCCCUUGAGUAUUGAACUCUUCCAUAUUGGGGCAGUCUGGUUGGAAGUGCGUCCUCACUACAGAGCUGCCCAGACCCCAUUCCUACUCCCUUGUACAUUGGCUUUCUCUAGCUUUGGGUCAGGCCUCACGCAGCCCUCCUGCAGUUUACAGGGUGCAGUUUGUUGGCAAGUGGCACACCUGUGGCAGAAGUGAGCCUCUGUUUUCAUUUUAAUGAUGGCAUGUGAAAUCACUCUGGUGGCUUUGCUAUGAUGCUCUUAGUGCUCAUGUGUCAACCUCCUGUUCCUUAUUAUGCUCAGCCAGAAAUACUUACAAAGUCUGUAAUUAAUGAGCAUGAUGAAGUGGCAUCUUGCAAGUCCUGGAUUUUCCAUCAGUAAGCUGCCAAACUCUGUGGGAUCUGACAUUAGAGUACUGUGAAUUAGCAGAUUUGAAGUGACUACCACCACCACAGUGUAGUAGUAAAGCUGUGGGGACAUGUACACCUGAAGAGUCCCAGUGAUCUGGACUGCAGAAGCCAGUGCCAAUGGAUUAAUUAACAUUAUGUACACUGAAGCAUGCCAAUUCUGGCCUGUCUCCAGCAGCUCAUUGGAGUCCAGGGUUAGUUUGGAUAGUGGUUUGUUGUUUGGGCUGGGGCUUGAUAUUCUCUCUGUGAGAUGCGCUUGCACUGGUGGGGAUUGUUGCCUCUUUCCGGGAGCUGAGAAGCAGUGAGAAGCAGCCACCGUUUGCUGGUUCUGGACUUUUAUUAAUUAUUCAUUUGAUUGAAAUAAGGGGCUCCUCUGUUAGAUUUCACACUUGUUGUUAAAAGCAGUAUUAAAGCAAUGUACUCUGGACUGCCUGAGAAAAUAUUCCACUGGGUCCUCGCUACACCUUAUUCCAAACAUUCCUGCUGUUUGACCUUGUUGGUUUCCUUCAGAUACCUGCAUGAUAACUGGUUGUGUCAUAGUUGUGUUUUUGUUUCAUUUCACUGUAAUUUCUAAAAUGUCCUUUAAUUUCUUUUUCCAGAAAUGAUCUAGGGUUAGGGUUAGGGUUAGAGUUAGAGUUAGGGUUACAUCGACAAAUUUGCAUCCACAAAUGCAUCAAAAGAUGCCACUAUAAACAACAUGUGAGACUCCUGAAAUGCAGAGAGUUUAAAUAUCAAAUUCAGAUGUCCACAAAAAGCUCUAGCAGUCAGCAAAUGUCCUCUGGAGCUCCCUGCAGUCAGAGGCGUAGCUACAGGGCAGGCAAGGCAAGGCCCUUAUUCAGAGAGGGCUCCCGAGGGCUGAUCAGGGCUGAUUAAAUAAUCAGAAAUCAUCUUAAAAUAAUGUGCAGCAACAUCUCAGCAACCCACUUUGCGGGGCGCUCUCUUGUUUGAAGACUCCUUUAUGCUCUUGCGCCACCCUUAACACUCAAGUCGUGCGAGCUUUAAUUCCUGAAUGUGUCUCUCGCUCCCACGAUUCAAUAGUUUACGUUAGUUAAUAUUAGUUAACAUUAACUAAUAAUGAAAAUACUACACCUCAUAUCCAGCAUUUCUGGGAUUGACUCGGAUCGACCAGGAUAAAGCGUCUAUUGAAGAUGGAUAUGAAAAAUAAAUGGGUAAAUGCUAAAAACCUGAGUGAACAAUAUUCUGUAAUUAAAACACUACAUGAUUAUCCUGUGGGAGCAGGAAUAAUGUCAGCUGAAUACAUUAAAUAUUAAAAAUUAAAAAUCAAAAAUCAAAGUUGAGUACAAAAGCUAUAAUCAUACAAGCAAACUAACAGCGUAGCUUCUAUAGCAAUAGAAGUAAAAGUAUUUUAAGUAUUUUUAGCGCAUUGAAUAAGACAGACUGUUAGAGUAAGGGGCUUUAGGGUUAUUUUACUUUAUUUCUUUACUUUAAUCUUCUUUACUUUUAUUUUUGUUAUUAAAACCUCCAGCGCAGUAGGUGGCAGUAAUGAGUCGUAAAGUUGCCAUGCCAACCAACACAAAGAAGAAGAGCUGCAUUUUUUAGAGUGUAUUAGCCAGCUGCUUUUCUCACAGCUAAUGGUACUUAUUUCUGCAUGAAAAUAUUUUUGAAAGCAUGUCACAAAAAAUAUAAGAUGUGAUCGAGUUAAAUGUAGAAACUAGUUCAUGUUUGACUUCUGCUUUAAAAAUCCAGACCUCUCAUAAUGGAAUCAGAAGAUGUCAAACGUAGCUGUUUCCGAAAAAUGGCACACAAUCCGGCUCCUGCUGGCUCACAGCUAUGUGAAGACAUGCAGACUUGUACAACUUCUGCUGGAGAGACAUUAAACUCUGGGGGAUGUGACACCAUCAUGGACCAAGAGAAGGUUGUAAAGAAGGAGGAACCUGAAGAUGAAGGCUACUUCUACGGAGAUGGAGAAAGAUCUGAGGCAAAUGUCACCCCUGUUGACCAAUCAGACGAAGAAUUCACGAAGGCUGUAAAAGAAGAAGAAGAACCUGAAGAAGACGACUACCUCUGUGGAGGAACACCGUCUGUGAGACGGGUCAUCAUUGUGGACGAAGACAAUGAAGUAUUUCAGAAGAAGCCUAUAAAAGAGGAAGAACCUGAAGAUGAUGACUAUCUCUACUGUGAGAAUUGCAGAUCCUUCUUCAUCAGUGAGUGUGAGGUUCACGGCCCAGCUGUCUUUAUCCAUGAUACUCUUGUUCCCAUGGGGGUCAAUGACCGAGCCAAACAAACCCUACCACUUGGUCUAGAGAUUCUGAAGUCUAGUAUUUCUGACUCGGGCCUGGGAGUGUUUAAUAAAGGAGAGACUAUUCCAGUUGGCAUGCACUUUGGACCCUACCAGGGAGAUCUGGUGGACCGAGAGGAAGCCAUGAACAGUGUCUACUCUUGGGUGAUAUACAAGAGCAUGCAGUGUGAGGAAUACAUAGAUGCCAAGAGAGAGACACAUGCUAACUGGAUGAGGUAUGUGAAUUGUGCUCGUAACAGUGAGGAGAAGAAUCUCAUGGCAUUCCAGUAUCAAGGAGGGAUUCUCUACCGUUGUUGUCAACCCAUCAAACCAGGGCAGGAGCUCUUGGUGUGGUACGAAGAGGAGUACGCCAAACAUCUCGGUGUUACAUUCGACUACCUAUGGAGCAAAAAGUCAACAAAUGGUAAUGAAUUGAAGAGCUUUCCAUUGCAAGUCUUCUCCUGUUCAUUGUGUUCGUUGUCCUACACGUCUCAAAUUUACCUCCACAAACACAUCAAAAGAUGCCAUUAUGAAGAAUAUGUGAGACUCCUGAAAUGCGGAGUGAUUAAACUUAAUAAUCAAAUGUCUACAAACAGCUCCAGCAGUCAGCAAAUGUCCUCUGGUACUCUCUACAGUAAAACCGGACAAAUGCAGAAGGAAAUCUAUCACUGCUCAGACUGUGGGAAGAGUUUUUCUCAUUCGAGUUAUCUCCUACAACACCAGCACAUUCAUACGAGAGAGAGACCGUAUCACUGCUCGGAGUGUGGGAAAAGUUUUACAAGACCCGUUAAUCUCCAAAUACAUCAGCGCAUUCACACAGGAGAGAAACUGUAUCACUGCUCACAGUGCGGAAAGGAUUUUACUCGACAAAAUCAUUUCCAGUUACACCAGCACAUGCACACAGGGGAGAAGCCAUAUCAGUGCACUGAGUGUGGGAAGAGUUUUACUCGACCAGGUAAUCUCCAGCUACACAAGCGCAUUCACACGGGGGAGAAGCCAUAUCACUGCAUACAGUGUGGAAGGAGUUUCACACAACAGACAAGUUUCCAACUUCACCAGCGCAUUCACACAGGAGAGAAGCCAUUCUACUGCUCACAGUGUGAGAAGAGUUUUACUCGGCUGAGUACUCUCCAAAGACACCAGCUCGUUCACACCGGAGAGAAACCAUAUCAGUGCUCAGAGUGUGGGAAGAGUUUUACACAACAAGUUAAUCUCCAACUUCACCAGCGUCUUCACACGGGAGAAAAACCGUGUCACUGUACACAGUGUGGGAAGAGUUUUACUCGGCUGAGUACUCUCCAAAGACACCAGCGUGUUCACACAGGUGAGAAGCUGUAUCACUGCUCGGAGUGUGGAAAGUGUUUUACACAACAGGUUAAUCUCCGAUUACACCAACGGGUUCACACAGGAGAGAAGCCGUUUCACUGCUCACAGUGUCAGAAGAGUUUUACUCACCUGAGUACUCUUCAAAGACACCAGCGCAUUCACACAGGAGAGAAGCCGUAUCAGUGCUCACAGUGCGGGAAGAGUUUUACUCACUUGAGCACUCUCCAGAGACACCAGCUCAUCCACACAGGAGAGAAACCUUAUCAAUGCAUACAAUGUGGAAAAAGUUUUACUCAGCUGAGUACUCUCCAAAAACACCAGCACAUUCACACAAAAGAAAAACCAUAUUACAAAAUCUAUCACUGCUCAGACUGUGGGAAGAGUUUUUCUCAUUCGAGUUAUCUCCUACAGCACCAGCAGAGUCAUACGAGAGAGAGACCGUAUCACUGCUCGGAGUGUGGGAAGAGUUUUACAAGACCCGUUAAUCUCCAAAUACAUCAGCGCAUUCACACAGGAGAGAAACUGUAUCACUGCUCACAGUGCGGAAAGGAUUUUACUCGACAGAGUAAUUUCCAACUGCAUCAGCGCAUUCACACAGGAGAGAAGCCGUAUCAGUGCUCAGCGUGUGGGAAGAGUUUUACUCGACAAAGUAAUCUCCAGCUACAUGAGCGCAUUCACACGGGGGAGAAGCCGUACCACUGCUCAGAGUGUGGGAAGAGUUUUACUAACCUAAGUGAUCUCCAACAACACAAGCGCAUUCAUACAGGAGAGAAGCCGUAUCAGUGUUCAGAGUGCAGAAAGAGUUUUACACACCUGAGUACUCUGCAACAGCAUCAGCGCAUUCACACCGGAGAGAAGCCGUAUCAGUGCUCAGAGUGCGGGAGGAGUUUCACACAACAGCGUGCCCUUCAGCUCCACCAGAGCACUCAUACAGGAGAGAAGCCAUUUUGCUGCUCACAGUGCGGGAAGAGUUUUACUCGACAGACUACUCUCCAAAAACACCAGCGUAUUCACACAGGAGAGAAACCGUAUCACUGCUCACAGUGCGGAAAGACCUUUACUUACCAGAGUUAUCUCCAAACGCACCAGCGUGUUCACACAGGAGAGAAGCCGUAUCGGUGCUCAGAGUGCGGGAAGUUUUUUACUCAGAAGAGUACUCUCCAAAUACACCAGCGCAUUCACACCGGAGAGAAACUGUAUCACUGCUCACAGUGCGGGAAGAGUUAUACGCAGCAGAGCGCUUUCAAAAUACACCAGCGCAUUCACACGGGAGAGAAGCCGUAUCAGUGCUCGCAGUGCAGAAGGAGAUUCACUUACUUGGGUCCGUUUAAGGCGCACAAGUGCACUACCAUGGAACUAUCUCCAUGUGACACUUUAACUUUAAAUCAACAAACAUGAUCUUCACUAAAGUGUUCAGUGUUAAUUUGGGAAAACAUUGAAGUACGGUUUAUAUAUUUACCUAUUGCUGUUUAAUUCAUGUUGAAGGUAAAAAUAAAGAAAAAGAAUGUACUCUUUCACUGUGAUUCUGUUUAAAUAGUUAUAAUAAUAGCACCAUUAUAUCUGUCAUUAUUGUAUAUAAAUGUAUAUACAAGUAUAUUUUAUAGGAAAUUAUUCCUUUUGUACGGCAUAUUCCCUUGAAUGGACAAAUCCUCACAGCGACGC